AUGGGGUCCCAGGUGCUGCAGCUGCUCCGGCAGGGCGUGUGGGCCGCGCUCACCGGGGGUUGGUACCACGACCCCGAUCAGAGCACGUUCACCAACAGCUGCCACCUCUACCUGUGGCUGUUCUUGCUACUGCUGCCCCUGGCGCUGCACCUGGCUUUUCCUCCAGAUGCCAUCACUGUAUUUUUUUACUGCAGUUCAGUGACCAUAUUCUUCACAAUAAUCAAAUUAGUCAGUUAUCGUCUACACCUCAUGUUUGAUAAAGGAGAAGUGAUCCAGCGAAGACCCUCUGGAAAGAAAGAAAAGCCAAGUAAAGACAAAGAGGCCAACGGUGACCAUAUAACUAAUCACAGAAAUCCAAGCAGCAAUGGGCAGACUGGCAGCCGCAAAGAAGAAGCCGAGCGAACCCUCCCCACACCACCUCUCCGCGGCCGCUCCGGAGGACAGAGCGUAAACUCCCGUCGCUCCUCUGGGCUCCUGGACCUUCCAGCGCAGGAAACAGUGGAAGAUCUCAAAGGUGUCAUUCUGUCAGAUGACCAACCCAUAGCACCAGUGUCAUCUACCUUACCUGGUAUCAAAACGGAAAGCUUACCUGCUUCUAAAGCACCUGUGCUGGGAACCAUUACCACAUCGGCAAUACCACUGAAGCCCGUUGUGGAGGAAACUUGCAUCAGUGACCAAGGGAAGGAAAGAGGGGGCAGGGGGCAGCCCCCCUUCCACCACAGAUCCGAGGGUGGCUUGGCGGACACAGAAGCCAUAAAGAAGUUGCCCUACGUGUCUUUGUCUCAGUACAACUUGCUGGAGACGGGCGUUUCUGUCCAAACUUGGGGGAGUGAGAAUUCUGUCUUGAUUCCAGAACCUGGUAACUAUGCCUCCAUCAGGGACAAGGUGCAGAGCAAGUCGCCUCAGGACAGCCUGAGCAGCAGCUGCCCUCAAUGUAACACCGUCAUCGCCAGACCUGAGCAGGAGCAAGUUUCCCAGCAGGUGGACUCGACCUUGAACCAGGACGUGGGCGACUCAGAUAGUGAGGUUGCCGUCACUCUGAUAGAUACUUCUCAGCCUGGUGACCCGCUGAGUCUGCACGAACCCAUUAGGAUUGUCAUCACCAUGAGCAGUACUCCCAACUCCAUGACAGACUUGGAAAGCUCGCUCCAUCUCAAGGCAGUUGGUACUCAGCCAUCUGGCUUCCAGGCUGAUGCUGAGCCAGCUCCCCCAGGGGCGGCCAGUCCCCCAAAUGUGGAGCAGAUGAGAAUUCCCGUCAUCACCCUGCAGCUGUCUGAGGAUGCAGGAGGCAUGGUGUGUCCCGAAAGCAAUGGAAGUGGCAGGACACCGGAGAGACUGAUGGUGGAGGCAUCCUCCAACCCGUGUUCUGGCUAUGAAUCUGGGGAGGGGGGCAGUGCCACCCAGGACCGCAGUCCUUCCUCAGGAGACCACUGUGCAACCCCCCCACCUACACCUCACAUGAUCUCUGAGUCUGAGGUGGGAACGGAAGCCCAGGCCAACCUUGGUCCAUCAUCUUGUAGAACCAGCCAGGAGAAGAGACAUGCCCGGGUCCUCAGUGUGGACAGUGGGACGGAUGUCUUCUUGAGCAAAAGUUCUGCAGAAAUUAUUAAUGAUAAAGAGCAAACAAUGCCAACUUCCAAAUCUGACCUAGAGGCCAAGGAAGGACAAGUACCAAAUGAAUCCAACUUCCUGGAAUUUGUCUCCUUGUUAGAAUCGAUUAACACUUCCAAGGUGGUGGUGUCUAACCAAAGGAAUGAACCAACAGAGCAGAGCAAAGACAGCAGGCUUCCUGCAGAUAACUGCUCCCAGGAGAAAAAGGAAGAAAUCCUGGAAAGUGAGAAACCCAGUGGACCCAUUGCCAAACAAGGAAAACCAGACAUGCAAAGUCAAGACCACACCAGUACCAGCCCUGGGCUCACCGAACCUGCCAAGAUCCCAAGCCUUUUCCAGGGCAAUAGGCAAAGGCAAAUAAUCUACAGGGUGACUUCCCAACAAGACAGCUCUGUGCUGCAAGUCAUCAGUGGGCCGGAAACAUCGGUGCAAGAUGAGAUGUCCGUGGAUGCGAUGCAUGUCUUCAUUGAUGAACAUGGGGAGAUUAAAUCCUGUUAUUUAAAGUCUGGAAAUCAGAAAGAAGGCCCUUUCCAGCAUCAGCCAUCAAACUAUGAAGGCUUCUCUCACGCUGGAGACUUGCAGAUUAGCUCCUCCAGUACCACGACUUCUGAGAGUCAAGAUCCUUCUUCUGGCGAUCCUGCAGUCAGUGCCCUUCAACAACAGCUGUUACUGAUGGUGGCUCGGAGGACCCAGUCAGAAACCCCACGGCAUCUGAGUCAGGAUCUGGAAGAGUCAUCCUGUUCUUCCACACAAGGAAAGUUUAACCGAGAGCAGUUUUACAAGUUUAUCAUUUUCCCUGGCAAGUGGAUUAAAGUCUGGUAUGAUCGCCUUACCUUGCUGGCAUUACUUGAUAGAACUGAAGAUGUCAAGGAAAAUGUGCUUGCAGUUUUACUCAUUAUCCUGGUCUCCCUGCUCGGAUUUCUGACGUUGAACCAAGGCUUUUGCAAAGACAUGUGGGCGCUCCUCUUCUGCCUCGUCAUGGCCAGCUGCCAGUAUUCCCUGUUAAAGAGUGUUCAGCCUGACCCCGCCUCGCCAAUCCACGGACACAACCAAAUCAUAACAUACAGCAGACCAAUCUAUUUCUGUGUGCUGUGUGGCCUUAUUUUGCUUCUUGAUACAGGGGCCAAAGCCAGGCACCCUCCCACUUACAUUGUGUAUGGUCUGAAGCUCUUCUCUCCAGGGUCCCUCCAGUGGGCUCGGGACCUCUUAAUAGUAUUUCUCUAUUGCUUCCCUGCAAUCUCCCUCCUUGGACUCUUCCCACAGAUCAACACUUUCUGCAUUUAUCUUUUGGAGCAAAUUGACAUGCUGUUUUUUGGAGGUUCUGCCGUUUCGGGGAUGCUGUCAGCUGUUUACAGCGUGGCCCGGAGUGCGUCCGCCGCGGCUGUGCUGCACGUGUUCUGCUUCAGUGCCGUGAAGGAACCCUGGAGCACGCAGCACAUUCCGGCGCUGUUUUCAGCUUUCUGUGGCCUCUUGGUUGCACUUUCCUACCAUCUGAGCAGGCAGAGCAGCGACCCCUCUGUGCUCCUGUCCUUUAUUCAGUGCAAAUUGUUUCAUAAAUUUUUACAUCAAAAUCUAGAAGACUUAGCUUCAGACCCUCUGCCCAUGAAGAUGAAAGAUUCUGUGAAGGAUAUCUUAAAAUCGGAUCUCAUCAUCUGCUCGGUGGCUGCCGUUCUGUCCUUUGCGGUCAGUGCCAGCACUGUGUUCCUGUCCUUGCGACCCUUUCUCAGCAUUGUGCUCUUCGUCCUGGCUGGAGCCGUGGGGUUUGUAACCCACUACCUGCUCCCCCAGCUGCGCAAACAUCACCCGUGGAUGUGGAUUUCACACCCCAUCCUUAAAAACAGAGAGUAUCAGCAACAGGAAGUGAGAGAUGUUGCCCAUUUAAUGUGGUUUGAAAGACUCUAUGUUUGGCUUCAGAGUUUUGAAAAAUACAUCUUGUACCCAGCAAUCAUUUUGAAUGCCCUCACAAUGGAUGCGUUUUCAAUAAGCAAUUACCGGCGACUUGGUACCCACUGGGACAUUUUUCUGAUGGUCAUUGCAGGCAUGAAGCUGCUACGGACCUCUUUCUGUAACCCAGUCCACCAGUUUACUCACUUGGGCUUCACAGUGAUCUUUUUCCAUUUCGACUACAAAGAUAUUUCAGAGAGUUUCUUACUGGAUUUCUUCAUGGUGUCCAUUUUAUUCAGCAAGCUCGGGGACCUGCUUCACAAGCUGCAGUUCGUCAUGACCUAUGUGGCUCCUUGGCAGAUGGCUUGGGGCUCCUCCUUUCACGUGUUCGCUCAGCUCUUUGCAAUUCCUCAUUCUGCCAUGCUUUUCUUUCAGACGUUUGCCACAUCCAUCGUUUCUACUCCAUUGAGCCCAUUUCUCGGGAGUGUCAUUUUUAUCACAUCAUAUGUCAGGCCAGUGAAAUUCUGGGAGAAAAACUACAAUACAAGGCGUGUGGAUAAUUCCAACACAAGACUGGUGGUCCAAAUUGAAAAGGAUCCAGGGAGCGAUGGCAACAACCUCAAUUCCAUCUUUUACGAGCACUUGACAAGGGCGCUCCAGGAGUCCCUCUGUGGAGACCUCAUCCUUGGCCGGUGGGGCAACUACAGCUCUGGCGAUUGCUUUAUUCUGGCUUCAGAUUACCUCAACGCUUUCGUUCACCUGGUUGAAAUUGGCAAUGGCCUCGUCACCUUUCAACUUAGAGGACUGGAAUUCCGAGGAACCUACUGUCAGCAGAGGGAGGUGGAAGCCAUCACGGAGGGUGAUGAGGACGACAGGGGCUGCUGCUGCUGCAAACCGGGUCACCUGCCCCACCUCCUGUCCUGCAACGCCGCCUUUAACCUCCGCUGGCUCACCUGGGAAAUCACACGGACCCAGUACAUUCUGGAGGGCUACAGCAUCAUGGACAACAAUGCAGCCACCAUGCUGCAGGUGUUUGAUCUCCGAAGGAUCCUUAUCAGAUACUAUAUCAAGAGUAUAAUAUACUAUAUGGUGACAUCCCCCAAACUGUCCUCCUGGAUCAAAAACGAAUCACUUCUGAAGUCCCUGCAGCCCUUUGCAAAGUGGCAUUACAUUGAGCGUGACCUUGCGAUGUUCAACAUGAACAUUGAUGAUGACUAUGUCCCAUGUCUCCAGGGAAUCACACGAGCCAGCUACUGCAACGUUUAUCUGGAGUGGAUUCAGUACUGUGCCCAGAAAAGGCAAGAGCCCUCGAAGCCCCUAGAAAGUGACGAGGACUCUCCUCUGGUGACUCUGUCCUUCGCGCUCUGCAUCCUGGGGAGGAGAGCUCUGGGCACCGCGGCUCACAACAUGGCCCUCAGCCUGGAUUCUUUCCUCUAUGGCCUCCACGCCCUCUUCAAAGGUGACUUCAGGAUAACAGCCCGAGAUGAGUGGGUGUUUGCAGACAUCGACCUGCUGCACAAAGUUGUCGUCCCAGCUCUCAGGAUGUCCCUGAAGCUGCAUCAGGACCAGUUCACUUGCCCUGACGAGUAUGAAGACCCAGCAGUCCUCUACGAGGCCAUCCAGUCCUUUGAGAAGAAAGUGGUCAUCUGCCAUGAGGGUGACCCAGCCUGGAGGGGCGCCAUGCUGGCCAACAAGGAGGAGCUGCUGACCCUGAGGCACGUGGUAGACGAGGGUACGGAUGAGUACAAGGUGCUCAUGCUCCACAGAAGCUUCCUGAGCUUCAAGGUGAUCAAGGUGAACAGGGAAUGCGUCCGCGGCCUUUGGGCGGGGCAGCAACAGGAGCUCAUCUUCCUCCGCAACCGCAACCCCGAGCGCGGCAGCAUUCAGAACAACAAGCAGGUCCUUCGGAACCUGAUCAACUCCUCCUGUGACCAGCCCCUGGGGUACCCCAUGUAUGUCUCCCCACUCACCACAUCCUACCUGGGGACCCACAGGCAGCUGAAGAACGUCUGGAGCGGACCGGUCACCUUGGACAGCAUCAGGGCGUGGCUCCGAACCAAGUGGUUGAGAGUGCGGAAGGACUGCAACGCGGCGGGCCAGCCGGGCGCGGGCAACACGGAGGACGUGGAUGCAGGGGGCGCUCCGCCCGCAGGCGGCAGCAGGGCCCCCAGUGGUGAGAGCAGGGAGAGCAGCGCGGAACAGCCCAGAAAGGACGGGAGCCGCCACUGGUCGCCCCGGGAAGGGACGCGGAGGCCAGGUGAGAGAAAAGGCAGGAGUCAGUCCGCCCAGGCCCACAGGGCCUUAAGCCAAACGCCGCCCGUCCCGCGCGCCUGCGGCCCGGUGGCGGGCAGCCGCCCGACCUUCCUGCAGACGUCCACGUCGGUCCACGAGCUGGCGCCGCGGCGCUCGGGCAGCCGGCUGUCCCUGUGCCCCUCGGCCGCGUCGCUGCACUCGCAGCCCCCAGCCGCCCCUGCCGCCGGCCCCCUGAGCGUCCGAGAGCGGGCCGAGGCCCUCCUCAGGUCCAGCCUGGGCUCGUCCACCAGCUCCACCCUCAGCUUCCUGUUUGGCAAGAGGAGCUUCUCCAGCGCGCUGGUCAUUUCCGGGCUGUCUGCUGCCGAGGGGGGCAACACCAGUGACACCCAGUCUUCCAGCAGCGUGAACAUUGCCUUGGGCCCCUCGGCAAGGGCCGCCAGCCAGUCCACACGGCACUUCUCUGAGCCUGGCGAACACUCGGAGGUCACUGAGCAGGGGCUGCUCCGAGAUCACCGCGUGGCCGAGAACCUGGGGGUGAUGUGCAGAAGAGCGAGCCAGGAGGACAUGGGCCUGGACGACACGGCCUCCCAGCAGAGUGCUUCCGACGAGCAGUAG